CUGACUCCAGGCCCAGAGCUACAUCUCCUUCACCACUUUGCUGCCUCUUAGGAGGCGAUAUUUGAAGGGUUGUCAUGUGGAAGAAAGGAGUAGACUUAUUUGAUGUAGCCACAGAGAGCGGGACGAGGAACAUUGGGGUGAAAUUACAGGAAGGUGGAUUUCAGGUCAGUUUGAGGAAUGAGUAGUAUAACAGACAGCUGACCCCAGAGGGAGCAGGCUGCCUCAGGAGGUAGUGAGUUCCCCACCGCUGGAGCCCUUUAAAGAAAGGCUGUAUAACCAUUUUUAGAAUUUAUUUUCAUAAGAAAAUUUAGUUAAGCAAAAUAAAUCAACCUGUCUGAAAACAUCAGCCUCAUUCAGCUUCCAUAGGCCACCACCUCUGCUGAUAGGCAGGAGGCACGCCUCUCCAUCAGUCCUGGACCUUAGUUCUGAAGUUUUUCAUUGGAAGCUCAUUUGACAGCAAUGUUCUAGAGCAGAUUUCUGUUCCAAGUACAGGUUAGACCGGAUACUUUCUGACAGGUGCUCUACCUCGUCGGUCCUGUGACGAGGGGUCCCCUGCAUCUGGCUGCCAGGAUUCCCCGAACAGGCCCUCUUCGGCCGUGGUUCAGGGUUCAUCUCUGUUUACACUUGCAGGGAUCGGGGGUGGGGCGUGACUCCCUCAGCCCUGAGGGGAAUCAGUGUUUCCUUUGCCAGCCCCUGGAUAGGUUGUCUCUUGUCUCUUAAGUUUGGACCCCAUGGCCCCCGUUCCCUAUUUCAUCCAGUGUAACCUAAUACCUUACUCCAGUCUCUGUUGUGUGGGACCUCAUCCGGCUGAGCGCUCAGCCUCUCCUUUUCCUCUCUCGCAGGCACAGGCAGUAACCCUCACGGUGGCCCAGGCCUUCAAAGUCGCCUUUGAGCUUUGGCAGGUGUCCAGGGAAGAGAAAGAGAAACGAGAGAAGGCAAGCUUAGAAGAGGUCGCCUGUGGUGCUCGGCGGGACGCUUCCCCUUCCCUGAAAGGCCCGAUCACCACUGGAAACCUGCUGGACCUGGAGGAAACAGCCAAGGCACCCCUGUCCACCGUGAGUGCCAAUGCUGCCAACUUGGACGAGGUGGGCAGGCCUGAGCCCCUAGCCAAUAACAACGUGGUCUGGGAGCUAGAUGACGGCCUUGAUGAAGCCUUCUCAAGGCUGGCCCAGUCACGGACGAAUCCGCAGGUCCUGGACAUUGGGCUGACGGCCCAGGACCUCCAGUAUGCCCAGUGCCUCUCCCCGGUGGAGUGGGACAAGCCGGACUUGGGGGCCCCCGAGCAGGACGACCUCUUUGGCUUCUGAGCGUCCUCGGCCUGGCCCAUGAGGCCAGCAACCGCUACACAAAGGGACCAGAGUCGUGCUCAGGACGUCAGCAGCCCCCACAGCCUGGCAGCCACUAGACCAAAGGCUUUAUUAAUGCAACUUUUUUUAUCCUGCUUUUUUUCCUUGACAAACUGUAGGAUGCUUCGAGCCUAUUUAUUCAGUGGACUCUCGGACAGACACGAGCGUCGUUCAGCGUCUCCCACGGGGUAGCGUGUACAGUAUUAUGCCCAGCCUUGUGGCUCCUCUCCGGGGGAAGCCAGCUUUUCUUUUACCACUUCUCUUUCUACAAAAGCAGGCUGCUUCCUCUUAACUCGUUCCCUCCCCAAAGAGCCGCCUGGGGGUCUCCUUCAGUUCUCCCGCGGAGAAGAGGGGCCGAGGACGGAGGGUGGGAGCCCUGCCGCCCAGGUGAGUGGGCUGCCCUUCCACUGACGCCAGCUGGGAGCUGGAGGCCAGCCUUCUCCCCAUGGAGCAGCCCAGGCAUGAGCUGCCUCCGGGAGCCUCUCUCAUCCAAAGACUCAACAGCUUUGCACUUUAAGAAAUGAACCCAAAGCCAGGUCUGAAGAUGGCAAAGGAAGGUGCUGAGUCUGUAGAUAGCUUUUAGCCUUCAUCCUCAGGAUGGGUUAGGGUUUAGACCCCUUGUAGCAGCUAACCCAGAACUGAGAAAGACAGUGUAGUAUGGUGGGUGGAGCUGGCACCGGGGAGGCAGCCCUGCCACACGCUCUUCAGGCCCUUGAGCCAAGCCCUUUCCCCUCGCUGGGCCUCAGUUUCCCCAUUCAGCAAAGGGGGAAGAGGGUUGGACUUCCAACUCCAGCAUCCUGUGAUUCUGCCUUAUUAAAAGUUAACUGACCUCUGA